GGUUCGUUUGCUGUAUCUACCACGACAUGAUGAUCACCAUAUGAUACAUAUACCUUCAGUACACAUUUAUGACAGCGUUCCAUGAUGUUCCGAACUUCCAAACUGGCAGUCGCACGUUCGCAGGGCGGGACAUCGCAUUAAGCUGAAGUGCUAGAGUCAGAUGGGUGGCGGAAGCUACGCAGGGAUUUUUAGGCAUAUUGGAAUGCGGCGCAUUGUCACCGACCAUAAUAUUGACACUAGGAAAGCAUACGCAUUCGUCCGUCACUUCGGAAUCAGCAUACGCAUACGCCCGUCACUUCGGAAUCUCGACAUCACGAUGACUUGAACGUUCUUGCGUAUGCGUUGACUGCGUGCCGACAAUGCGCAAAGAUUACGCGUUGCUUUCGGCCGUGCUUGCAGAGAAGGUUGGCUGGCAGGACUCGGUACUUGUCAUUUCCUGUGGCUAGAAUAAAAGAAACUGGCAGUGAUUCGGUGCCGAUGGAGAAAAUUAAGAACAAGGAAAGGCGCAGUGGAGCCUGUGAUAGUAGAAGCGCUGACGACGCGUCUCGAUCAUAUACACCAAAGGGCGGAGCUUGAACUGGGUCUGUGCUCCAGACUUCGCAGCAAUCGCAGCGACAUAUAUACCGCCAACUUUAUCCAGAGGCGCAGCUUCGUUUCUUCUCAUCUAUCCACCAUGUCCCGUACUCUUUUCAAGUUCACUAAACCUCCCGACGGUCUUACCCGUCGGGUCAUGUUCUAUAGUCGUCCUCCCUGGUCUGAGCUCGCUGCCAAGAUCGAGGAGUUAUAUGCCGUUCCCAGUGACAAAGUUGGAGUUUCUUACGUUGAUAAUGAAGGUGACGACGUCACUUUAUCGUCUGAGGAGGAACUUCAGGACUUCUAUCGCCUCAAUCAUACUGAUGAAGUCGGCGAUGGACCUUCUAAAGCAAUCAGGUUUACCGUCGUGGACCUGAGUGCCCCUCGAUCACCUAGCCUGACCAAACCACUCCCUCGUACUCCCCACACUGAUGCGAAUGUCAAUCGUAACACCUUUGGAGGCACCCAGGGCUUCCCCUUGGUCUUUGAAGUUGCCGACGAUUGGCAGAGAAUCCCUAGCGGGGGCGGUGCCGACCUCUUUAUGUCAGUCGGACGCGAUACCGAUAGUCCCCACGCUUUCGUUGAAGUCAUUGAUAGUGAUGCUAGCAUGUCCAAGGAUGUUGACAAAGAUGAUCAUUCCGACACCGUAACCCAAUCUGACUUUAACUUCGAUGGUAAGGACAAGGGCAAGGGUCGGGCCCCACAGAUUAUUCCUGAUGAAGAUGACGAUGAUCGUUCUUCAACCAUGUCCAUCCUCGCAGGCGAGACACCCUUGAAGCCGACUGUCUAUGCUACCCAAGACAAGUCAAAGGCCCGCGCUUCGUCCACCUCCCUACGGGAUCAGACUCCUGCGAGCGCGGUUGUCUCUCGUCGUUGUACCCCUAAGCCUUCCGUUAAUACCAAGGAUGUUCCUUCUGGAGCUCCCGAUCCCCCUCUUCCGGAUCUCGGCUCUCUCCCCAAUACUCCCAAUGCUUCACUCACUAACGACGUAGCCAAUCUCUUCAACUCCCUCUCCAGUAUCUUCGCUUCCCACCCUGAGCUUUCGGAGGGCGUUCGAAAUAUUGUACAGCAUGCCACUAAUGGUGCUUAUUGGAACACUCACAGGAUCGCAGUCGCUCAGGCCGCUGAAGAAGUAAGACGCACUGCUAUCGAGAGUUCUCGCGACAUUCAACGAGCUGCUCAGGAGGUUCAUCGUGCUGCAGAAGAAGCCGCUGGACGUCGAGUUGCUGAGGCUAUUGGGAAUGUUGUGAGAACGAUCACUGAUAUCACAGGUGCUUCCGCAGCCAGCUCUGGCGCUGCCGCCGCUCAUGAUGAGCCAGUAACAUCCACUCCUAUACAUGAGCAUCCUCAGACAUCUAGUGCCGAAUUCCCUCAUGCUCGUCGCACUGGUUCUCCUACCCGCCGUCAGACCUGGGGUGGUUCUCGAGGAAGACACCACCACCGUCCCCCAUUCGGUCCUCAUGAACGUGCAUUUGGUCCUUUUGGUCCCUUCGCAGGUCCAUUCUCCGACAUGUCUCACAUGCCACCCUUCAACGAGGGAAUGAUCCCGCCUUUCCACUCACCUCAUGGACCUCACCGCCCUCAUCGUCCUCCUUAUCCACCACCACCGCCACCUCCCUUUGAUCCAUUCGGCCCUCCUCACCGCGGUCCUCAUGAUCAUCAUGGGCCUGUCCGUCCUCCCCCACCGCCCCCGCCUCCUUUCCAAAGUGGUCCUUAUCCUCCUCCUCCUCCUCCCCCUCCUGCGCCACCUAUCGUGCCCCCGGGUCCUAUGUUCUCGGGACCUGGGCUUGAUACAUCCUUCCGUCACGGCGGUCAUUUUACUCGGUGGAGCAGUGAUCCGUUCACCUCCGGAGCAAACGAUGACGAUGACGAGUUUGAUGAACCUGACCUGACUUUGCACACGGGUGCACCCUUGUCCCGGAGUGCCAGUCUUGAUCAGGAACACCAGGUCACGAGGGAAAGGUUGGAAGCUGCUAAGGAGGCGUAUAAGCGCGAGAAGGAACGGUACCGUAAGCAGCGCGAGGAGCUCAAGAAAGAAAGAGAAAAACGAGGUCUUGAGUCUGAAGGGUAUGUUUCACAUUCAUCGCCGUUGCUUUCGGAACCUCUUCCUGACGAUUUGCAUUUCACUAGGUUACAACCUAAUGACCAAGCGACGCCCGUAGCAAAGGCAACGUCUAGUGGUCCUCAGGGUGCUGGACCCUCUGGGUCUACUCCCAAAGCGCCGCCGCCGCCUCCUGUCACUCAGCUUGUGAGCAAUGCUCGAGGGCCUUACCCACAAUUGGAGAUGUUUAGCGUGCCGAGGAGACAUAAUACCAUCCAAGGAGUCGCUCGUGAGCGACCGAUUCCGCGCCAGGACCCUCAGAUCGGUCCUUCCCAUAUCUACAGCCCAUUUACGCCAACUCCCGCUGCUAGGACUUCGGAGAAUGUGAAGCGACGAUUGGCUGAUAUGGGUUUCACAACCAAUAUAUACCCAAAUAUCGGAGAUAAAGUCGCAAAGCGGGUCUCCCAGAGUAUAGCGUCGCAAAGCUUCACGUCUCCUAAAGAUUUGCAGGAUGUGCCCAAGGAGAAGGAAGACUCUAUCGUCUCUGAAGUCCUCGAGGAAUUAUUGCAGGAACCUCCUCCGCCUUUGCCAGAAAAGGAUCGUCCCUCUGGUUCUGGCGAGAAACCCGGUGAUAAUGAGAGUGUACCUGGUGCUUGGGCUUGAGUAAUUCAGUGAAAGGGAUGAGGGAUGUUUGUUGUGAUCUCUUGCUACCGCGGCUAUCUAAGACUCACUUAUAUCCGAAGGAGGGGGGUGUAUGAGUAUUGGGGAUGGAAGAGUUUUUCUGUAAUUUUACAGCCAUAUGACUUGGGAUGACUUGGCUUCGUAUUACUGUAGUAAAGUAGGUUUGUAUCGUAGUAUUAGGCAAAGGUAAGGACUCACUUGAUCUUGUUCAAUGAAGUUGUGCAGUACUUUACUUUGUCCAAUUUUCUUCGGAUUGUUAGUUUGCAUGGUAGACUCUACAGAUGACAGUCGACUGUCUGUCAAUGUCUAAAGUUCAUUAAUCGAGUCAAGCAGAGGGUCCCACUGAGUUGAGCAACUUGAAUAGUGUUGAACUCGCGAGUAUACCCGCCGAUCAGUAUUCGA